CUUAUCGGGUAUCGCUUUUACAACGGAUCCAACCGGAACCCGUUUAAUUCGUUGUCGGUCGCCUCGGUACUCACUCAUAUACUCAUUCGAAUUCGAACAACCACUUCCCACUCCAACCACUCCGCCCUCGCCCUCUCGUCUGAAAAGACCCCUCGCCUCGUUACUCACACAUACUCAUUCGAAAUUCGCACACCACUUCGCCACUCCGACCACUCCGCCUUUGCCCUCUCCUCUGAAAAGACCCUUAAAACCCUAGGUCGUCCUCCUCCUCUUCCUCCUCCACCACCACCACCACCACCACCACCACCGACGAUGAUCUCCUUGAACGCGCUCCUCGCCUGGAACUUGGUCGCCAAUACCCUCACCGGUCGCGAGGAUGUCGAUCCCUCCAUCCUCGCAGAAGCCUUGCGCAAUGUGGUUGCGCUGGCGUCCUUGGACGAACGCAGGGGUGGCGUUCGCUUCCUGCGCAGCGGGAUGCGUCCUAUGCCUCGUCCUCCUGUUGAUGCUUCGGUGCCUAGCACGGGAGCUUCCUGCGCUCCAAGCCAUUCGGACUUGUGCAAUGUGGUUGAGGCGGCGGGCUCGAAGGAAAGCAGUGGUGGCAUUCGCUGCCUCCACAGUGAGAUCCCUUCUACAUCUCGCCCUCCUAUCAAUGCGUCUGGGCCUUGUGCGGAAGCUCCCCGCUCUAACCCAAGCGAGGUGGGAAAUUUAGGUAAUAUGGGUGAAGAUAGACUCGAGAAAUACAGGCGUGACAUCGGCCAGUUUAUUCUCCAAGAAAGGGCUUACGUGCCAAAAGUGACCCUUGAUCAGGUGAAAGAAUCUAUCUUAGAGGGCAAAUAUCCAGCUUUAUUCUCCUUUCUGAAGCAUAGUGGCCCAGUUAGGAGACGUGAUCAAGAUGAUCUUUUGCCAUCCAAUUUUUAUGUUGAUCAAGAGAGGUUGAAGAGGCUUAAAUUCAGCACCUGUGAUUAUGGUAAGAAAAUAUCUCAGGAAGACCCUUCUGGAUUUGUGGAGCAUAAUCAACAUGUUACUGACAGCGAUGGGACUGCUCAUCUACAAAUGGAUGAUGUGGGUGUUGAAGGCAACACAAUUCAGUUAUCUGAAAGGAAUGGCGACACACUCAAGCCACCUGACAAGAAAAUUACAAAUUUAGAUGGUGGUAAAAGACAGUUAAGUGCACAAACUGCUGCUGCUCUGUUUCCGAUUGACUGCACCCAAAUCUUGCAAAGGGAUGUUUCUAUGCCUCAGAGCAAUAGCACUAUCCGUCCAAAUUUGCCGCUAAAUGAACAUGGUAAUUUAAUUCCCACACGCACUGAGAAAGAUCAACAUCCUAGCAAUAUAAUUGUCAUCCCUGAUUCUGCGAGUGAUGAUGACGCAGAAGAUACUGGCUAUACGCCUGAUGAUGAUGAGAUGCUUGCUGCUGAGAAGCAUUGUCUGUUGAGCUCUCAAGCCAAUAACAAUCAGGAUUCAAUUGCUGGGGAUUGGACUGAGCAGUGUUGGUGCAUGGAAUGUGACGAAGGCGAUCAAUUGCUGACUUGUAGUUUGUGUUUAAAAGCUUUUCGUGAAAGCUGCUUAGGCUCGGUUAGGUUCAAUGAGGAGGGCCUUUUCUACUGCUGCUUCUGUACGCAUGGGAGAGCUGAUUUGGGGUGCCGCAAAGCGAGGAAGAGUGUUCUUCAAGCUAAAGAAAACCUCUCUACUGGUCGUUGUAAGGAUAUUUGUAAAAGGCGAACAGGGCAAGCUAGAGUUGUUGAAAAUGUCAAUUAUUGGUUAGAUGAUCUCUCCCUGCAACACCGAACUGGGGGGUUAAAUAGGAGUUCCUUAAGAGCAGAACAUCAUGAGCAUAUGGAAGUUACUGACUUUCCUAGGCAAGUGGAGAAGGAGGUGUGUGUUGGGAGAUGUGAUGAUUCUACUAAAGUGGAAAAAGUAAAUGAUGGACAGAUUGUGGAUAAGGCUACAACUACCGUCGAAGGUGCUGACACUACCUCUAUGAAUGAACAAGCGAAGGACCUUCAACCCACAGAGCACCAUACACCAGUUGGCAAUGGCAAUUUUCCUUGUGAGGAGGCUAAUGCAUCUCAUUCUGCUUCUGUGAAUGAACAAGUGGAGGACCUUCAACCCACAGAGUCCCAUACAGCAGUUGACACUAGCAAUUUACCUUGCGAGCAGGGUAAGUUGUCUCAUGCUGCCUCUGCGAAUGAACAAGGGGAGGAUUUUCAACCCACAGAGCACCAUACAGCAGUUGACAAUAGCAGUUUACCUUGCGAGGAGGGUAAGUCAUCUCAUAGGGAACUUGAUGCUGGGGUGGUGAAACAGAAAGGUGAAGUCAGUGUAGGAGGUGAUCAUCGAAAUAUUCAAGAACCUGACAGUGAUGAGCAAGUAAAAGAGGCUUAUGAAGAUACGGACAAUGAAGCAUUGCCAUCACGAAAUAGUGGCAGGCAUUGUAAAAGAGCACAAGAUGCAAGCACUAAAAUUGUCGACCAAAAGAGAUUCAAAUCUUCUACAGGAAAAAGAAGAAAACAUGCAUAUCAAGCCAAACGGUAUUCAAAUCCACUGAUGCCCCCCGGGAGGCGUACCAAACUACUUUGGACCAUGGAGGAAGAAGCUGCUCUUAAAGAGGGGAUGCAAAGAUUUGUUUCAAACGAUGGUGGGACUAUUCCGUGGAGGGCAAUUUUGGAGUAUGGUUGUGGUGUUUUUCACAAAACUCGUGUGCCUGGCGAUCUUAAAGAUAAGUGGAGAAACAUCAAGGUUAAGGAGGAUCUCCUACAACAGAGCUGUGCGUGACAUGCCUUAAAGCAAGGCAUUUGGUUUUUGGUAAAUAGGGCUUGUAAAAAGUGGUGCUCAUAUGCUACUUUGUUGUUUUGUGUGUAGGCUCAUCUCUUUUUGUUGUAAAUACUCCUAACUUAUUGAUGUCCUGCGAAGAAAGACUAUACAUGUGCCGUAUAUCGCCUCUGGUUGGAGUCGACCAGCCGUGGUAGAUUGGGCGCACUCUUUUCUUAGUGCAGGAUAUCCUCGGGACUGACUCUUAACUAAAGAUGUGUGGGACAUUUUGGUUUUUGGUAAAUAGGGCUAGUAAAUAGUAGUGCUCCUAUGCGACUUUGUUGUUUUGUGUGAACGCCCAUCUCCCUUUUGUUGUAAAUGCUCUUUGAGUUAUUGAUGUCCUGCAGAGAAUGUCUGGAUGCCUAUGUUUUUUACUUCUCUCUUUUUUUUUUUUUGGGAAACCUUUGUUUGAUGUGGUGUAAAUUUAGUGAUCGAAAAGCUUUGUUUGGUAAGAAACUUUAUUAUUGUGGAAGCUUUGCGGACUUGCAGU